GCUGCGCGGCCAGCGGUUUGUUUUUCGGAGCGUUCCUGAGGUGGAGAGCGGUGGGGCGCGCGCGUGGCCGUGGGCUGCGGGGCCGCGGGGCCGCGGGGCUGAGGCGCGGGGGCGCGGAGGCGCUGGCUGGCGGGCGGGCCUCGCGGCCUGGCCUCGGGCGCCGGCGAUGUAGCGGCCGCCCGGCUCAUGCCACAGCGCGCGGCCGCGGGCGGAGCCGGAGCCGGAGCCGGAGCCCGAGCCCGAGCCCAGGGCGGCGGCGGGGCCCCGAGCAGAGCCAGGCCCGCCCCGUCCCCGCCGCCCGGGCCCCCGGCAUGCUGCCGCCGCUGACCAGCUGACCUCGGGCUCGCGCCGCGCCGCCGCCGCCGCCGCCGCCGCCAUGGAUGAGCAGCAGGCCCUGGACUCAAUCAUGAAGGACCUGGUGGCCCUCCAGAUGAGCCGAAGGACCCGGAUGUCUGGAUAUGAGACCGUGAAGAGCAAAGACACGGCUCACCCAAACAGGCAGAGUGACGUCCGAAUCAAGUUUGAGCACAACGGGGAGAGGCGAAUUAUAGCAUUUGGCCGACCUGUGAGGUAUGAAGAUGUGGAACUUAAGGUGACAACGGUAUUUGGGCAGCCCCUUGAUCUGCACUACAUGAACAAUGAGCUCUCCAUCCUGCUGAAGAACCAAGGUGAUCUUGACCAAGCGGUCGGCAUUCUGGACAGAAGCUCCAGCAUGAAGAGCCUGCGAAUACUGCUACUGCCCCAGGACAGGAGCCAGCCCAGUUCCUCUCCCCACUCUGGGGUGGCCCGGCAGGUGAGGAUCAAAGCCUCCCACUCAGCAGGAGAUGUAAACACCGUCUACCAGCCCCCUGAGCCCAGAAGCAGGCAUCUCUCUGUCAGCUCCCAGAACCCUGGCCGAAGCUCACCUCCACCUGGGUAUGUACCUGAGAGGCAGCAGCGGAUUGCCCGGCAGGGAUCCUACACCAGCAUCAACAGCGAGGGCGAGUUCAUUCCAGAGACCAGUGAGCAGUGUAUGCUGGAUCCUCUGAGCAGUGCUGAGAACUCCUUGUCAGGAAGCUGUCAGUCCUUGGACAGGUCAGCUGACAGCCCCUCCUCCCGGAAGUCUCGAAUGUCCAGAGCCCAGAGCUUCCCAGAUAACAGACAGGAGUUCUCAGAUCGGGACACUCAGCUCUAUGACAAAGGGGUCAAAGGUGGCACCUACCCCCGGCGCUACCAUGUGUCUGUACACCACAAGGACUACAGUGAUGGCCGAAGAACAUUUCCCCGGAUACGGCGUCAUCAGGGCAACCUGUUCACUCUGGUGCCCUCCAGUCGCUCGUUGAGCACGAAUGGUGAGAACGUGGGCCUAGCGGUGCAGUACCUGGAUGCCCGAGGACGCCUGCGGAGUGCGGACAGCGACAACGCCCUCUCUGUGCAGGAGAGGACUGUGCCGACCAAGUCCCCGAGUGCCCCCAUCAACUGGCGCCGUGGCAAGCUCCUGGGCCAGGGGGCCUUUGGCAGGGUCUAUUUGUGCUAUGAUGUGGACACGGGACGCGAACUCGCUUCCAAGCAGGUCCAGUUUGACCCAGACAGUCCUGAAACAAGCAAGGAGGUGAGUGCUCUGGAGUGUGAGAUCCAGUUGCUGAAGAACCUGCAGCAUGAGCGGAUCGUGCAGUACUACGGCUGUCUGCGGGACCGGGCAGAGAAGACCCUGACCAUCUUCAUGGAGUAUAUGCCAGGGGGCUCAGUGAAGGACCAGCUGAAGGCCUACGGAGCUCUGACAGAAAGUGUGACCCGCAAGUACACGCGGCAGAUCCUGGAGGGCGUGUCCUACCUGCACAGCAACAUGAUCGUGCACCGUGACAUCAAAGGUGCCAACAUCCUGCGAGACUCCGCUGGAAACGUGAAGCUGGGAGACUUCGGGGCCAGCAAGCGGCUGCAGACCAUCUGCAUGUCGGGCACGGGCAUGCGCUCCGUCACGGGCACUCCCUACUGGAUGAGCCCCGAGGUGAUCAGCGGCGAGGGCUACGGAAGGAAGGCAGACGUGUGGAGCCUGGGGUGCACCGUCGUGGAGAUGCUGACGGAGAAGCCGCCGUGGGCAGAGUACGAGGCCAUGGCCGCCAUCUUCAAGAUCGCCACGCAGCCCACCAACCCGCAGCUGCCCUCCCACAUCUCUGAGCACGGCCGGGACUUCCUGCGGCGCAUCUUCGUGGAGGCCCGCCGGAGGCCUUCAGCCGAGGAGCUGCUCACACACCACUUUGCACAGCUCGUGUACUGAGCCGCGCCGCCCCG